AUGGCUGGUCUCACUUUGGCAAAUAUCAAUGUUUAUGAUGAAGUGGUUCAGAUUACUAAAGAUAGCGCUCAAGAAAAGAAGAGGCUCGAACUUAACGGACAGCUAUUUUGUGUGAACUGUUGUGCUGAGAUGUUUAAUCUAACGACGAAAGAUGCAUUCAAGGAGAUAUCUAACAUCAUUAGAAAAAUGAAUGGAGGAAAGUAUCCAACUACCAACAUCUUUCUUCUUAAUCUUCAAGGGCUUUGGGUAACUUUGUGUGAGGAAUCCAUCAUCUCAGAUAGUUUCACCAGCAAUGUGGCAAAGAAAAUGCUACAGAGAAUUGAUAAAUACUUGAAUGAUAUGUUUUUGGUCUUGGCAAUUGCUUCUGUCAUGGAUCCUCGUUGUAAGAUGAGAUACAUAGAAUAUCUUUCCUCUAAAUGUGAGAGAAGUGAUGGCAACUCGCAGAGUACUCUUGUUUUGGAUGCCAUUUGUGGCCUUUAUGGUGAUUAUGUGAACAAUGAUCCUGAAAGAGAGCACUCUAUGAGUGAUUCAACUUCUGAUGACUCAGAAGAGGAGUUACCAAGUACACCAGACAGAGGUUCCUGCGAAUCUAACUGGUUGCAAGAGUACAAUCAGUUUACUGAAUCUAAUAGUCAGCCACCGAAGUCAGACUUGGAUUGGUUUCUUGAAGAACCUAUCUUGCCUUGGAACCAGGAUUUCAAUGUAUUGAGAUGGUGGAGAGCUGAAAGCCCCAACUAUCCCAUCCUCUCCAAGAUGGCCCGUGAUUUUUUGGCCACUCCAAUGUCUGUUGCUACUUUAUAUGAUGCUUAUUACACAGAACGAAGAGAAACUGAUCCACAUGUCAUUUUAUCCGGGCCAGGCUUAAGGAAUGCCUUGAUGUGCACUAGGAGCUUGGCUGGAAGGCGCUGA